AUAUUGAGAAUUCGUAUGCUCCGGCUCUCGAAACUAACAUGCUUCACUCUCGUGGCGAGUUGCCGCAUGUUUGCCCGUCGCCAUAUGGCGCCUGGAUGUACGCAGGAUUAAUAUAUUGGUCAUUCAAUAUGUAUGAUGUCGAGGGGACAAACUUCGUGCUGCGUACAUUCCUAACGUUAAACCCUUGCUUCAGCACAGCCCUCCAGCCAUCUCGCAUCCAUGUAUCCCAACGCUGAGCAAACGUACGUGGCUCUAAUGUACAGAGCCUCGAGCUAUUAUGCCACUUGGGAUCCGAUAAGGCCCAUAACCCUUGGAGAUUAUGGUUACAUACGAAACAACUACUCCUUCGAGAAGGAGGGGAACAUAUUCAAUGACAGGCUCGCUGAGGAAUUCGAUAUCAGUAUUGUUGAUGGAGGGGAGGACAGCGAACGAUGGAUCGUGUCAGUGGCAACCAAGGAGCAGACGCUGAGUGUCAAUAUCGGCGUACCGAAGGCGACAAUCAAGAAAUCGUUCUCAAUCACUAGGAGCUGCGGCGCGAUUUUGGCUAUGUUACGACCGCGCCACCAGAGCCUGACAGGACCGCUCAGAGACCUCAUAUAUUCUACUGCCUUCACCGACGAACGGGUCCUUGUCUCGGAGGUCUACAGUUGUUCAUCCUAUGCUCGGCUCCUCGUUCCGCGCCAAAAGGGUUCCGUGGAGAUCAGCCUGGAUAUCACGGAGUCACAGGCUCAUAUCCUCCAUGGCACGGUUGAGGGUAAAUGGCGUACAAGUGCUGAAAGUGGCGACUUCAAGUUCCUACACGAGCGCGAACAAGCAGAUUACAAGGCGCGGCCGCUCGUUAGGCUCCUCGGCCGCUCCCGUGGCAGAUGGGGCAAGAAGAGGCCAGUGGAGACACUACCACCGCCUGCAUGGAGGCGUAUCGCCAUGCGGCAUGUCCGUGGAUGUGGUUUGGAUGAGGGCUUCGAUGGAGAAGAGAGUGAUUAUGAUGAUGUUAUGCUGUAGCCGCUAUCCUGAAACUCGUAUAGCAUACCCAUAUGUCUUGAUCACUGUAUACCUAUGUUGCAUGUUUACGCCGACAGGUUUAAAGCCAAGGCGUGGCCCGGUCUCAUUCAAUAUAUGUAAUAGUACUUAGCAGUCUUAGAUAUACAGCACCGGUUAUCGUAGUAUGGAUUGGCUCCGGUGAGCUAGGGCAUUG